AUGCGUUCCGUAACUUCCCUUGUUAGCCUUUCGGCUUACCUCCUCGCGUCUAGUGUCACUGCCGCAAAUACGCCGCUCACAGUCAAUGGAAAGAAGUUCUACGCCCAGGGCAUCAUCGCUAGGAAUGUAGUCAUCGUUGGUGGCGGGUCCAGUGGCUGUCAUAUAGCGGUUCGCCUCAACAUUCCGCUCGCUCCCAUCUCGUUCUCCCAGUCAACCAACUUCGACUAUGAUUUGCGCACUGGCAAGCUCGUCAACCGGACCUACAACCCCGCGCAAGAAGGGUUUGCUGCAGGCUUUGCAGGCUAUAGCGCACAACUUGCAAAAGCCAACACGGUCGCAGCUGUCACGACCGGCAAAUUUCUCGUCACGGCUCGUCACAACAGCAGCGAGAUUUACACCAAAGUCGGUGCUGUCUUGUGUGCUACUUCCAGUGUUCUCCUCAACUCCGAGGUCACCUACACCCGCCGAAGUGAAGGAAAGGCCGGCGUCCAGCUCAUUCUAGAUUUUGUUGCUCCUUUGGACCUGAGCAAGACUGAAAAAGACCUGUUUGAAAAGUACAUCGACACGGGUUACUAUGUCGGUAUGGUCAGGAACACUGGCAUUCCCGCCAGGACUCUCAUCACAAACGCUGCCCAUGAUACCCCAUACAACUUGCCUACCCUCCCAGCUGUGAACAUCAUGAACCCAACUGCUAUCGAUGUCAAGGCUGAUAUCAUCCAGUCCAUCAAGGCGCUUCAAACGACGAACCCGGACAAAUUCCAGCAGACUGAGCCAGAGAUAAUCGAGUGGCACUCCCACGCACCGUACUUUUUGCAAGUCAGUCCCGAGGAGAUCAAGAACGGUUUCUACGCCAAAUUGUACGCCCUGCAGGGUCUGAGGAACACGCACUUUACUGGCCCCGCUUGGCGUGUGCAUGACAGCAGUCAGAUCUGGAAGUACACUGACACACAAGUCCUCCCCAACCUCCUUGCAAGUUCGUAUUUUUCAAUACCUCAAACCAUGUAG